AUGCUAUUGCUGGUUGGUGAAGCCUUUGGAGUGGUUGAAAUCUCUGGUGUGGAUACAGAUCCGCCAAAGGUAGAAGAAGCUCCCGGGGAGAAGGUCGCCACAUUCCCACUCGUGCCAAUGGCCAGACAAGGCCUGCCCAUCACUCCUCCACUACAGAUUGAAAGGGCACUUGACGUGACUUCGGCGGUCGUUGUUGCGUUGGUCCAAAUCGGAUUGGUUGUUGGAAUUGAAGUCGAGUUGCCACGAGAGCCCGACAAGAUGCAGGGCCCGCUCAUCAGUCCUCCUGUGCACCACGGGAGCGCAGAGGAGAUCGUGCCAGUGGUUGCAGGUAACACCGAGGGUAUCGAUGUAGCAGGGCCGGGAGUCCCACUGACGAUACAAGGACCGCUCAUCUCCCCGUCUGUACAAACUGGAACACUACUCUCAGAAGGCAAGCCUGAUGAUGGGGCUGGAAGACUGUCCGUAGACGUAGUAGGACCAGCUGUCGUAGCUGCUGUUGAAUUGAGCGUGGGAGACGUUGAUGUCGGCGGGCGCGUCGAGGCUGCCACAGAGCCGCUCACAACGCAAGGACCGCUCAUCUCUCCUCCUGUACAGAUGGGCUCUGCUUCCGCAACCGAUGUACUGGCAGGUGGCUUGUCGCUGAUGGUAGUGUUGGUAGUGACAAGCCCAGCGCUCGAGCUUGACCCUUCCAGCGGAGACAUCAACGACGUGGAAAAGCCUGCUGUUCCGCUAGCAAGACAUGGGCCGCUCAUAAUACCUCCGGUACAAAGCGGAAGAGGACUUGGCAGGGAGGGUACUGCAGUUGGGGCAAUCGAAGAAGUGGCAUUCGUGGGAGAAAAUGAAGGCGACGACGUGGACAUACCCCCAGAGCCACUCACAAUACAAGGGCCCUCCAUUACUCUGCCUGUACACCAGGGCAAAGAUGCAGUAGACGCCGAACUCGAGUUGGUUGUUGCUAUGGCUGUCCAAGUAGUGUUGGCAGAUGUAAGCGGAGGCAUCAAUGUCGACAUGUCUGCCGUACCACUGAUGAGACAGGGUCCACUCAUCACUCCCCCAGUACAAAAGUCGAGGGCGCUGGCUGUAGUGGCGACUAAAGAUUCAGGAGCUUGCGCUGUAGACUCGACAGCUGCAGACGUAGUAGAUAGACGUAGCGUUGAAGUCGCGAGUCCCCAUGAACCACUGAUAAGACAAGGACCACUCAUUAUUGCUCCCGUGCACGCCGGAAGACGCUGGUCCGUUGGUGACGAUCUUAACUCUGGACCAGUCGCUGAUAUCACGGCUGUAGUACUAUUCGUCCAAGCAGGUAGCCUUGUUGAUGUGGGAGCCCCUGAAGCCCCAGUAACCAAGCAGGGACCUUCCAUGAUGCCCCCAGUGCAGUAUGGGAGCAAAACCGAUGUUGUAGUCAUGUCAUUACUGUUGCUGCUGCUGAUGUUGCCGAGUGGUGGGACCCGACAAGGCUCUGUCAUCGGGCCUCCGGUACACAGUGGUAGUGAUGAUGCAGAGGUCGAGUUCUUUGUAGGCAGUGGCAGAACUCUGCAUGGCUCCGACAAUGCACCACCGGUGCAGAUUGGCAAAGUUGAGGAGGCGACUGUUGUCCCCUCUGUCGUUGUCUGUACGGGGCUUGAGGUAGACGUUGUCGGCAAUGAUGAGACAAGGCAGGGACCCACCAUUAGGCCACCCGUGCAUAUGGGCAACGGUGUGGUGGUCACCGCGCAGGACCCUGUGGUAGCACCAGAGGUACAUAAAGGAGGAAGAGAAGUCCUCAACGCAUCAGUGGCAGAUGUUUCUCUGCCCAGUGCCGUCGAGGUCGUGUUUGAAGCACUUGCAUUCGUUACGCGAGAUGUACUGAUUUCAUCUGUCAACGAGGUCUCAAUUGGUAGCGCGGUGCUGCCGAUGCAGGAUCCUGACAUGAUUCCUCCUGUACAAGCCGCAAGAGAUGUAGUUGAGGUAAUCGUUGCAUUUGGGGUGACUGUUGAGCUCAUGUUCGCCGUGGUGACAGGGCAAGAUCUCAACUCGGUGCCAGUGGCAUCUUUAAAGCAUUUGUGCCACGAACUGGUCCAAAAGCCGAUGGUGCUCGUCCAUCCUCCGCCGUUUCCGCUAGUAAUUGGAGAAGGAGCAUCAACUACUGCUGGCGUAGCUACAGACACGCUUCCUAGGCAUUGUUCAUUCCCUCUGCAACCUGCCGAAGUAGGUGUAAUUAUUGCCGAGGUAGCUGAAGCUGUCCUUGCCUGUCGAGUACCACCCACUGGAAGCGCAGCCGAUGUUGUGAACCCCGAAAGUCGUGUACUCGUAGAUGUGCUCUUUUCAGAUACCGCAUCACUUUUGGUUGCGUCCGUAAUAAUGCUCGCAGAGUUCUGGGCCUGA